AUGGUGAAAUUAGAAACAAGUAAGAUAGAAAAAUUGAGACUUUUUUUUGAAGAAGAUACGAUACCUUCUGAUUUUACAGAAAAAUUUUCCUCAUUCUCUUCAUUAGAGGGAAUACAUAAUAAUUUAUAUAAAAUUGGUUACAAGCUUCAUAAUAAUUUCAAAAGUAGACUAUCAAAUGGAAUGUUAAUUGGUGAAGGUGGUAAUGAUACAAUUAGUGCUGAAGAUUACUGUGAGUUAUUGAAUGAAUGGUUAAACCAAAAAAAAAAACAUUAUAUAAAUGAAGGAUCUAAUUGUGAAGAAAGCGCACAAUUAUGGGAAAAACACAUUGAAGAAUUGUGGGAACCAAUAAGAACGUAUGUAGGUGAUAAUGUUUUGUGUAAUAGAGAUACAACUACUUAUAUUUGUUCUGCGUCACCUGAUUUGAAGACUGCUUUAUCUGUGGGUUUUGCACUUCUGGGAACUUGUCUUAUUAGUUUUUUUUUUUUGUAUAAGUUUAGUCCCCUUGGUCCCUGGAUUAACAAUAAUAUAAAGAAAAAGAAAAGAAUAACAAAAAACAUAUUUUCUGAAGAAUCAUCUGGAUCAUUCGAAAGAUCUUCUAAAAAUGGAGAAAUUACUAUAGGUUAUCAUUUUGUAGAAGAUUCGUAA